UCUGUUUCCUUUUUCACUUUUGUUAUUUGAAUUCAGCCCUUCCCCCUUUUUUUUAAUUCUUGGUUAAUUUUUCUAAAAUGCAAGACGAUGAAAUCAGCAGCAGCAAACCCCGGCUGGGCGCAGCAGACGUAGACAUGCUCUUCCGCACCAGCCGACUGUCACUGCGCAUCCCAGACCACUCAGGCGACCAUCCGCCGACACCACAGCAAAUAGCAUCCACGCUACCGCAGCGGCGGCAUCUCCACCACGGCGAGCACGCCCAAGCGUACAUUCUCUGUACAAUCCCCGGCAGUACCGCCGCAGCCGAGCACUACCAGGCAUCCGACCUCCAACAUUUCUUUGCUCUCCUGUCCUUCCACAUAGUCGGCUUCCAAGCACACAAGGGUGCGGCGAAACCACUCGGCCUCAGAUCUCCAGCACUACACCGGUGCUGGAUAUGCACGCAGGGUGGGACGUCGGGGCGCAGUUGGCAGAGCUCCGGAUGGGUCGCAGUGCUGCCUGUACCCGUUUGAAUUCGAGGUCCGGUGUGGUGAGGGGGAGGAGGUGCUGGACACAGAGGAAAGUGCGCUGGUGUUUGAGAUCCGCGCCGCACACAGUGCACAUGCCCGGAGCAUUGGCAACGG